UGUGACAAGAUUUUGUUAUUCGUAAUGUUCGGCCCUAGACAAGUCAUAGCGCGCGUCUUAGAAAUUUUUUCUUCAAAUUUGACGCCAUUUUAUCGAGCAAAAUUUCUAAUACGAAUGAAUUGGCAGGAGGAGGCGAUGAUUAGUACGCAAUAGCAGACAGAUGUUUAAGGUCAAUAGGUACUCGACUAAUAACAAGUCACUGCUGUUUACAAUAACGGGCCGAAGAAUUCAUUAAAAAUGUCGUCCGAUGAAGAGAUGGAUGAGUUACGUGAUUUAGAAAACUUACGAGAGCAAAUAACGAACGAACAGCUUAAAGGAGAUCGAAUGCAAGUCAGUGCUUGGGACGAUGACGAGGAAGGGAUCGAAGAGACUAGAAAUGCUAAAGAUCCUAUUCAAAAAGCGGUUUUAGAGGCAGGUGAAAAUGGACAGCUGGAUGUGAUGAAACGAUAUCAUGCACUAGAUCCUUCUGUUAUCGAUUGCGCCGAUAAAGACGGUUACACUCCACUUCACAGAGCAUGUUACGGUAAUCAUACUGAAGUAGUCGAGUUUUUAUUGAAGUCUGGUGCAAAAAUUGAUGCCAAAACUCAAGAUGAGUGGCAACCGUUACACUCGGCGUGCUACUGGAAUAAUGUCGAUUGUGCUUCUAUUUUAAUACAACACGGGGCUGACAUAAAUGCUAAAAGCAAGGGUGAUCAAACUCCUCUACAUUUAGUAUCCGCUAGCUCUCACAAUUCUUCCUGCUUACAACUUCUUCUAUUACAUCCGGACAUAAAUCCACAUAUCAAAAAUUCUAGUGGUGACACAGCGUAUGAAAUAGCAAAGCGAAAUGGAAAAUAUUAUCCUAUGUUUGAGAUAAUUGAUCCAUGCUUAAAUGAAGUAUAAGUAAGUUUUGUACAUUUAAAUUUAGUUGUAUAAUUA